UGCGGAGAUGACUGACCUCCCACAGCGCAGAAGGGAGAUGGAAAGAGGAAAAAGCGGAGGCGGCUUCGAAUGCGCCUUCUUGCGUCUGCGGCGUGUGUCUCGCCGAGUAACAAAGAGAAGGGGAAGGAGGCGAAAAAGGGACGCGACAGCAAACAGAGCAGAAUCUUUUCUUGGUAGACUUCCACUGAACGCAGACGCCAGGGGAAGGUGUUGGGUUGCAGAUCGGUUUCUUUGUGCUUCCCUAACGUGAGAGGGGGAAUCUUCCAUCUCUUUUGAGCCAUCCGUUUCUAUUCGCGUCUCCGCCCAAUUGGUGGCCUUCGCUUCCUCGUGCUGCUGGCAGGCGCUGAGGAGACAGUCGAGAGGCAGCUGCGUUUUUUCUCGGUUGUGCCAUUGUUUUGGUCCUGUCCCCGAGCGUUUCGUCCCCUUGUCUUUCUACAAAUGCCAACAGCGCGGAGCGGGUCGGGGAUGCCGUCCUUUUUUCCUGCGGUAGAGCCCAGUCGUUCGCCUUGCCAGAAUGAGGAAAGUGUGCCGGGGAACGAGCAAAAGAGGAGAGCCCCGCCAACCAAAAGAGGACGGACAACAUUGGCCGUCGCUUUCACGUGGUGGCUAGUGCGUGAGGCGUUCGUUCUCUGGAUCCGCGAUCCGUGUAUGUCCCGGCUUCCUUUUCUGGGAGUUACUCUCGUUCGUUUUUCAAAACUUGCGAGAGGAACUCUUGGACGCUGCAGCGGAACGACAGAGGACAGACAUCGAGAGACCUUCCUGGAUGUCGGCCAAGGUUGUUUGAAUGAAAUGGAAAUGUGA